AAUCACGGAUACUAUACUAAAUCAAUCCAAUACAUUUGGGAGAAGUUGUAUCGGCGACCUUUCCAGAUUUAGUAGAUGAUGAUAACUACGCCAUGAAUCUAGUAAAAUCGGAAUGAUUGUUGUAUUGCUUGUUGAUACUAUCAAGUGUGCGUUUCAGGUCUACACCUGUUCCGGUAAAAAUGGCAGAUGGAUCAGGGUAUCAUUCAGUUUAUAAGAAAAUACAAGGGAAGUCUUUCGUGAUAUCUCAACUUUCGCCCAGUUUGCAAAUGAGGAAUUGCAACACACACAAUUUCAACAGCUCCUAUGUAAAUGGAACCUUCCAGAAUCCUAUGCUGUACUUGUAUCAGGGUACUGGCCAGGCACAUGUGUUUCCAGUUUCUUCUCAAAUAUUUGUCCCUGCAGCAGCCGAGAAACCACAAAAAAAUUUCUGGGUUGAUUUCCUCAUGGGAGGGGUUUCAGCUGCUGUUUCUAAAACUGCUGCUGCACCUAUUGAAAGAGUUAAGCUCUUGAUCCAGAAUCAAGAUGAAAUGCUCAAGACUGGUCGGUUAUCUGAACCAUACAAGGGCAUAUCUGAUUGUUUUGCUAGAACCAUGAAGGACGAAGGCAUGAUUUCUCUUUGGAGGGGAAACACUGCUAAUGUUAUUAGAUACUUCCCUACCCAGGCCCUGAACUUUGCUUUCAAGGAUUACUUCAAGAGAAUGUUUAAUUUCAAGAAAGACAAGGAUGGGUACUGGAAAUGGUUUGCAGGAAAUUUGGCAUCUGGUGGGUUAGCUGGUGCUACUUCCCUUUUCUUUGUGUAUUCUUUAGAUUAUGCAAGAACCCGGCUAGCUAAUGAUUCUAAGGCUGCCAAGAAGGGUGGCGAGAGGCAAUUCAAUGGUUUGGUUGAUGUUUACAAGAAAACUCUGCAAUCAGACGGUAUAGCUGGGCUUUACCGUGGCUUCAGCAUCUCCUGUGUCGGAAUUAUUGUGUAUCGUGGACUUUACUUUGGAAUGUACGACUCACUCAAACCUGUGGUGUUGAUCGGUGAAUUACAGGAUAGCUUCUUGGCUAGUUUCUUGUUGGGUUGGGGUAUCACAAUUGGUGCUGGGUUAGCUUCCUACCCUAUAGACACCGUGCGUAGAAGAAUGAUGAUGACCUCCGGAGAAGCAGUUAAAUACAAGAGUUCUCUUGAUGCUUUUAAUCAGAUCAUCAAAAAAGAAGGAUCAAAAUCACUCUUCAAGGGUGCUGGCGCAAACAUAUUGCGUGCUGUUGCUGGUGCCGGUGUUCUUGCUGGUUAUGACAAGCUACAGCUAAUUCUCUUGGGCAAGAAAUAUGGUUCCGGUGGUGGUGGCUAAGGCCUUGAUGAUGACGACAAAAAAGAAUUUGAAGAACAAAACUAGUGUUGGUUGUUAUCCAUAUUAUCUUUAAAAUAACCGUGAUAGAACCUUCAUGUAUUAUCAAAUUUCUCGGUCUAUGGAAGUGUCGUUCUUUGUGCUCAAAUUCAUGCUUGUGUUUUCGUUUUGGAUGGCAUGUUUUGGCCAUGGAACUAUUUAAUGGAAGUGAAAUAAAUGAUUACUUGGUCCUUGUUUGUAGUUA